AGGAAGGGGGCUGAGACUGAGUGGCAACUGAUCCAAGUGGGUUACGUUGAAGAGCAGUUCAGGAAUAAAACAGGAGCCCAAAGCUUUUGCAAACACUCUAAAGAAAGGGUCCGCAUUCAUCACACCAGCGGCGGGCUUCUUUGUGUUCGCUAAGGGAUUGUUUUCUUUUCAGAGUGAAGCCUCUCCAUUCAUUCAUUCCGCAGAUUCAAAAGAGAACCAUAAAUUUGUUACUUUCAAAAGUUUCUUAAUUUGCGAGUUCCAUAACCAACACGCUCUCCUUUUGGGACGAACAUUUUGUGUUUGAACAAAUAUACGAAUUUAAGGAAAAGGCGGAAGAUCCGACAGGAAUAACGCAGGCGAGAGACUGAAGAAGUUAUUUUAACAUUUCGGCAGCGGAUUUUACAACAAUUUCACACAUGCAGAGCUACAAAUACGACAAAGCAAUGCCUGCCGACAACAGAAAUGGUGGGACUUCAACUUUGAAUAAUAAGGACCACAAAAAAGUCAUGUUAAUCUGCUUGGAUCUCUUUUGCUUAUUUCUUGCUGGCCUUCCUUUCCUGGUUAUCGAAACUAGCACCAUCAAACCAUAUAAGCGUGGAUUUUACUGCAAUGACGAAAGCAUCAAGUAUCCCUAUAAGAAUGGAGAAACAAUCAGUGAUGCUGUGCUUUGUGCUGCUGGUAUUCUAAUCACCAUCCUCUCUAUAAUAUCAGGAGAAUGCUACCGGAUCCAUUACAUGAAGGAACAUUCCAAGUCCUUUAUCCGCAACCCAUAUGUAGCUGCUCUGUAUAGACAAGUCGGCUGCUUCAUCUUUGGCUGUGCUAUAAGCCAGUCCUUUACUGACAUUGCAAAAGUAUCUGUUGGUCGCCUGAGGCCACACUUUUUAGAUAUUUGCAAACCAGAUUUUUCAAUGAUCAACUGUUCCCUGGGUUACAUUGAGAACUUCGAAUGCAGAGGGAAUGAAAGCAAGGUUCAGGAAGCAAGGAAGUCGUUCUUCUCAGGACAUGCCUCGUUCUCAUUAUACACCAUGUUAUAUUUGGCAUUUUAUCUACAGGCCCGCUUCACGUGGAGAGGAGGCAGACUCCUUCGACCCUUGCUCCAGUUCACACUGGUGAUGAUGGCUUUCUACACUGGGCUGUCUCGUGUAUCAGACCAUAAGCAUCAUCCCACAGACGUUCUGGCUGGCUUUGCGCAGGGAGCCCUGGUGGCUUAUUUCAUUGCCUUCUACGUGUCCAAUCUUUUUAAACCCAAGAUGAAAGUACCCCCUCCACCUGUGCGAAGAGAGAUAAUUACCCCUGUGGACAUCAUUGACAGGAACAACCAUCAUGGGAUGUGCUAAUCACCUUUGCAAUAUUGGAAAUGUGUUCAACAGCAACAAAUCAAAAUGGACUGAAGCUGGUGCUGGUGAGAAAAUAGUGACUGCUGAACAGCAUGUAUGCUGCUUUCUAAUCUCAUCUGACAGUAGAAUGUAGGGGGAAAGACAUUUUAUCCACAAUCUUGUGGGAACGUGUACCAUAGCAGCAUUUUAAUCAAACCACAAAAACCACAGAGAAGGCAUGAAAACUUAAAGCUUGUGAAUUUGUUUGAACUUCAGUUGGCCAUGAAUGAAUGCAUUUGUUCAACAAAAGGAAAAGAAACUUUAUAAUAAACAUCAUAUGCAAAAACGUAACGGUGGCCAUCUCAUUUUAAGUGACAAGGACCACUGCAGCAAACUUUCAUAUUUUAUAUAUAAAUAUAUAAAAAACUAAAACAAGAUAACUAUGUAAAAUAUUAUUUCUGAAUCAAUCUUUUUUUAGAUAUUUUAUCCACUGCAAUUAAAACCGUUUAUGUGUCUUGACCUGUGUUAUUUACAAAGUGCUGCUUAAAAAAUAGCAUUGAUUUUUAAAAAAAAAACAUAUUUUGUAUGUAGUCAACUAAAGUAUUAUAAGCUUUUUUUGAGGUGGGGAUAAUGUUCGAUAAAAAUACAGCUAGAGCCACUUGCAUCGAUAAUAAACAUCACAAUAAGUCAUUUGUUAGUACUCUAUAUUUUUAUGUUUUGUAAAAAAUGUUUAGCUUCAACUUAUUUCUUGUAGAAUUUGAAUGUUAACAUCUGACUAUUUUUCUGAUGUAAUUAGCUGUAUGUUUUGGUUAUGUGCUUUUGAAAUAAAAGCUUCUAAUG